AGUUGUUUUUUUUAUGACGGUGCAGUUUCCUUGAAAUGAAAAGUCCUUUGUCAUUUUAAAUGAGACACUGUCUCGUAGCAACCUGAUCAUUGCCAUGCCAGAGGGCGGCCCUCAAAGAGAGAGCACUUAAAGGCUCGUCGCUUACAUGCAGGAAAGCAGAAAGUGCUACAAGCAAGGAGAUGCUCCGUAAACCCGGCUGAACUUUCUGCUUGGUUUGGAAAAUUAAAUCAGAAGUACAAAGCAGAUCGUGAUGCAAACAAGUGUCUGAAGUGUUAUGCUGCUGGUGUCUGGUCUUGAGAAAUAGAUGUUCUCGAUUUUUCAUUGUGAAGAUGAAUGUUUGAAUUGUUAAAUAGUUCUUGUGAAGACAUAACCUGACCAUGGCAGAUGGAGAUGAAGAAGACCAUAUGUCAAGUCCUCUUGUAUUCCGUCUUCAUGACAGCUCUCCCAGGGUUGUCCGGGAGGUGUUACUGGAACGGGGUUGGGAAGAAUUCAAUGAGCAAGAACAAGAAGAAACUGAAUGGAACUUAUACUGGCGGUCAUCAGCAUUUCGAUCAUCUGAGCAUGGCAAUGUGAUGCCAUGGCAACGACUCAACCAUCAUCCCAGAACCGCACAGAUAAUGAAGAAGGACUGCUUGGCAAGACACUUGAAACGUAUGAAAGGGAUAUACGGAGUAUCAUAUUUUGAGUUUAGCCCAGAAGCAUUUAUUCUCCCAAAUGACUACACAAAGCUCUUGGCAGAGUAUACAAAGGAAAAGCACAAUCAUAAGUCGAGCUAUUGGAUCUGUAAGCCAACUGAUCUGUCCAGAGGUCGGGGGAUAUAUGUUUUCCAGGAUAUUAAGGAUCUGGCAUAUGAUUGUGCUGUGGUUGUGCAGAAGUAUAUCACAAACCCUUUACUUAUCUCUGGAUACAAAUUUGAUCUCCGUGUUUAUGUUUGUGUUACUUGUUUCUGCCCAUUAACUAUAUAUGUGUACCAGGAAGGUUUGGUGAGAUUUGCAACAGAAAAAUUCAGUCUCAGUUCCCUUGAUAACAUAUUUGCCCAUUUAACAAACACAAGCAUUAACAAAUAUAGCACUUCAUAUACUGCAGAAAAAGAGAGGAUUGGAAGUGGCUGUAAGUGGACUUUUGGUCAAUUUCGAUCUUACCUCCGUAGUCUAGACGUGGAUGACACAUUGCUUUGGCAAAGAAUUUAUAAUAUAGCAAUCAUGACACUCUUGGCCAUUUCUUCAUCUGUACCGCCAUCUCCAAACUGCUUUGAACUCUUUGGUUUUGACAUCCUCAUUGACAACACAUUAAAGCCAUGGCUUCUAGAAGUGAAUUGCAGCCCUGCCUUGUCUUUAGACUGUCCAAAUGAUGUAACAGUGAAAAAAAGUCUUAUCAAUGACAUAAUUGACCUUCUCAACUACAAGGCAUCUGAUGGUCUAAGAGAUGGCAGACAUGGAAACCAUGAGACAAAAGCCAAAGAGAUAUGUUGUAAAUGUAGCAAUGAAGACAAAUCCUUACAAGAGAUUGCUGACAAUCUCAUGAGCAAGAGGGUUAUGUUUAAUGAGAAAAUAAAAGGGACUUCUCCUAGGAAGACACUGACAUCCAAGCUAAGGGAAAACAUUAAUAUGAACCAAAGAUUUGAAAACUCCACUAAAACUGUAAAUACUGCUAUUUCUACUGUCCAUAGAAAACAAAAUAAUCUAUUUCCUUUAUAUUUUAUUUCAGACGUGGACAAAAGUCCUCCUUCUCAUAUUGGCAAGUUUGUCCUUGUGUUUCCUUUUAACCAAUCAUCAUUUGUAGCUUCCAAAAAUAGUACAGACAUCAAAAGUAUCAUUCAAGAAAUCAACAAGUUAACGCAAAGGCUUUCUUCCAGCAGAAAGGAGACCCAUACCUGAAACAAA